AUGUUUGCGUUAUUGGUGCUAUUAUCUUUAUUAAUUCAAGGCUCAAAUGGUGGUGGAGAAGGAGGUAUUUGUGGAACAAGUCACGAAACAUACGUGAUUAAUGGAUCGUCUGUUCUUGGACAGUAUAAAAGCGCAGCUGUUGCUGUUGAUAGUGGCGAUUGCUCGACAGUUGGAAAAGAAAUAUUGCAAAAAAAUGGCACGACUGUUGAUGCAGCAAUUGCAGCAGCCAUUUGUAAUGGUUUGAUAAAUGGACAUUCAAUGGGCAUUGGUGGCGGAUGCAUAAUGGUCAUUUAUUCAAAAAAAAGGAACAAAGUGUACAGCAUUGUAGCGAGAGAAAAGGCACCAUUUGCAGCCAAUUCAACCAUGUUUGUUGGACGAGCAAAUAUGUCCCAGUAUGGACCGUUAGCUAUUGGCACGCCCGGAGAAAUCGCUGGAUAUAGAAAAGCAUGGGAAGAAUUUGGCCAAGGAGUAGCAUGGAGAGAAUUGUUUCUGCCAACAAUAAAGCUUUGUAGAGACGGCUAUCUUGUUACUUCAAGUCACGCAGGAGCUAUUCAAGAGAGGAGAAAAGAGAUUUUAAAUGAUCCACUUCUAAGAGCAGUAUUUGUCAAAAAUCUAACAACGUUAGAAUUGUAUGGCCAAGGUGAUAAAAUAAAACGGCCUCAACUGGCAGAUACACUGCAGGCUAUAGCCGAUAAUGGUUCUGAAGCGUUCUAUACUGGUGAACUCAGUGACAAAAUUGUAGAAGAAAUCAAGGAAAAGGGUGGAAUUAUAACCAAAGAAGAUUUGAAAAAUUAUACAGUUCACUUCGACGAAGCACUCGCAGUUAAACUCAAUGAUUCCUUAACAGCGUAUACAACUCAUGCUCCAUCGAGUGGUCCACUUCUCGUGUUUAUAUUGAACAUAUUACAAGGAUAUAAAGUUCAGCCAGAUGAAUCACAAAGAACAGAUACGAAUGCCUUAUUUUAUCAUCGUUUGGUUGAAGCGUUUAAAUUUGCAUAUGCAGCUAGAAGUGAACUGGGAGAUCCAUUCCAUGUGGACGUGCAACAAUUAAUCAAGAAUUUAACAUCAGAAUCUUAUGCGACUGACAUACGAAAGAGAAUAAACGAUGAUAAAACAUACUCAUUCGAAUAUUAUGGAGGAACAUGGUUGGAUAAAUACAAACAAGGUACGGCUCAUAUGUCUCUUGUCGGACCUGACGGAGAUGCAGUUGGCUUGACAUCAACGAUUAAUCUCUAUUUUGGCUCAAAAGUUAUUGGUAGACUAACAGGUAUUAUUUAUAACAACGAAAUGGAUGACUUCAGUACCCCAAAUGAAACAAACUAUUUCGAUGUACCAGCAUCACCGGCCAAUUACAUUGCUCCUGGAAAACGCCCGGUAUCAUCCAUGUCACCAUUAAUUGUACUUGAUCAUCUUCAACGACCACAAUUAGUUAUGGGAGCAUCAGGAGGAACAAAAAUCACAACCACAUUGGCUCAAGUCGCAAUGCAAAACUUAUGGUUCAAUCACAAUAUAAAAGAGGCAAUUGAUGCUCCGAGAGUACAUCAUCAGCUGUUACCACAAGAACUUCUUGCCGAAGAGGGCUUUGAUAAAGUAGGCCAUUUAUUCUUAGUUACAAUAAUAUUAUUAGAGAUUUUUCACAAAGUUCUUGCUCUAUUACGCCAACGAGGUCAUAACAUUACCUGUGUUCAAUUUGGCGGAUCCGUUGUUCAAGGUAAGCAUAAAAGUACUCAUUUGCCUCUUUGUAUUUUGUUUCUACCUUGUAUGUUCAUCAUAGGAAUUGAAUGGCGAGAUGACGCAUCGCAAUUCUGGGCGAAUUGUGAUGUUCGAAAAGGUGGUUCGCCUGACGGCUUUUGAAUAUUCGGUGGCCGUCAAUUGUUUUUUCUCUUUUUUGAAUUUUUUGUACAAAAGCUUAUGUCGCGUCGCAUAGUAGUCUAUUUCACUUGUUGUUAUUAAUGCUAUUAUUUGUUAUUGGUGUUGCUUUUACUUUCUUAUUUUUUGUGAAUAUAUGCACUUAUUUUUCAUGGAACAAACGCACAUGCUUUUAUUUUUAAAUCUCUGUUGUUUCUAGAAAACAAUGAUAUACAUUGCCUUUUGUGAUAAAUUAGUCAAAUUCAAUUGCGGUGCUAGGAACGUUGUCUAGCACCAGUUAGGUACACUAUUAACACGUAUAAUUUAGAAACUUUGUGUAAGUGACAUUAUAUAUUUACGCUGCAGAUAAUUUACAUUAUAUUACUUAAUGAACAAUCUCCAAUGUCACUAUUAUUACUAUACUUGUCUGAAUCAUAGCUGUGAAUAAGCAGUCUAUCAUAGAAAUAAUACACAAUCCAAUGAGUGUCAAAAUUUGUCCUUCGAUUUUUUAGACUAAAUUAUGUAAUUAUACCAUGACAAGUAUUAUUAAAUGAAUUUUUUUGAUAUACAUGAGUGUCUCAAUUAUCCGACAAUGCUUCAUGUUUAAUACCGAAUUCAGAAUAAAACUGCUUAACGUUAUAUAAGAGAGAUAAUAUACAUGCAAACGUCCAGCCCUAUUGUUCUGCCUCUCUUGAGAGACGAACAAGUUUUGAACGAGCACAGUCUGUUGUAGAAUAACCUAUGUUAGAAUCAUUUGCAACCGACAACAUUUCAUGGAAAGCUGCUUGAAAAACACCAGUUUCGAUCCUUGCAAUGACAUGUUGACUUGAAUAUAAUAGUACUGCUUACAAGAAACCUAAUUAUGAUAUGCAGACGUAUUUUUUCCAUAUUCAAACAAAAGAAUUUACAAUACCGUGAUUUCAAAUACUAUAAACUUUCAUCACCCAAUGAAACCAGUUCACAAAGUAUAUAUUAACCCUUUACACCCCAAGAAACUUUUAUUAUAGCUUCAGCUGAAAAAACUGCAUUAAAAUGCAAAAUUUAUCUUUUUAUUUCAGUCAAACGUUAAGUUAUUGAUCGUCUUAGAUUAGAAAAAAACUUAUCUUCUGGCCUGACGAUCCAUUCUUUUUAUACACCUAUUACAUCCAGCGGAGUGAAAAGGAUUAAGCUACAACGUGCAACUACUUGGAUAAUAAUAACUUGGUGAGUACAUGGAGUUUUACUGAGACAAAUACUUGACCAGGUACAUGUCAAGUUAAAUAUCAACCACUUACACGCUAGGUCAAUAUUAGCAUCUGUAUUUACUAUUAGACAUACACGAAUACUGGCUGCAUUACACGAGCAAAGUACUGC